AUGUCUAAGACAUCGGGGGGGAUAUUGCAGCAUCAACAGAAGAAACAGAAACCCACCAAGCGGACGUGGCAGGACACAAUUGACGACAUCCUCGCCAUCUUGAACACUGACAACAUGACAUUAGGGGAGAUGGAACACCACCUGUUCCGAGCAGAGACCUCGCAUCCGCCAUUCAAGCGAAGCGAAUCUCACAAGCAGUACAUAUCCAAGUUCCUAAGGGGCCAUGCGAAGAUCGGAGUCGGCCAGAUUGUGAAGCUCUGGAUGGGCAAUCCAUUCGGCAAGGACAGCAGUAUGCCCAUGUACUCCCUUGAAACACCGUACCAACAGAUCCUACCUGCGCAUGCCGCUCUCAUGGCUUUUGCAGCCCAGAACGUUGAAGAGGAGCUCAUCCGCGAAGCCACAAAAGCGACCGACAAGACUAGCAGCCUUCGCGUGAAGAACCUAGCACGGACAUCAGGCAAUCAGAUAGGCAGCAGCAGUGGGACGGAUUGCGAGAAGCUUAGCUGGAGUGGAAUGGGGAGCACGACUAUGUCCGAUAUUUCGGACACUGUCCGACAGCGUCAACCUCUCAUGUACAAGCUGUGCUUGAGUGUUGCUACUCCCAAGGCACGCAAGAGGAACGGUGUCAUGGUGGUGAGGAGUAAACGGCCUGCUGAGUUGAUUACUUUAAGCAGCAUCACCGCACUCGACUUUUCGCGCUCAUGGCACUCCCAAAAGCACCAGCUCACAUCUAGCAUAUACGACUUUGCACUGGGAGUUCCGCAUGAUCUCUUCACGCACAACAGUCGGAAGGGGACAGGUGUUGCCUACAGCACCGUAUAUCGAAGCCUACUUGAGUUGUCUGCUCAGGAAGCGGUCGCAGCGAAGUGUGCAGGUCGGGACCUGGAGAGUGUUGGUGUCCUGACCCUCGACAAUGUUCAGCAUCAUCACAAACAUGAUGUACGUUACUCAUCAAUGGGGAUGACGGACCAGAUGGUUAUUGGGGUGGCUGGCACAUAUGCGCAGCUACAUGGCAUCGAUGUCAAGGCUCUCAACCUUGAAGACAAAGCGGAGCGGCAGGCCAAGAGUGAGCGUAGGACGGUGAAUACCAAUCAGCUGCUGGAUUUUGUCAACCACGCACAUGUCGACAAUGUCUUUGCCACGCACUGGAUACUCCUGCUUGUUAACGAGGUGCCACAGCUUCAUCACCUUAAAGAUCGUGUCUCGGAAAUAUUCCGUACGCGGUGUGCCAUCAAACCACUCCCUGCGAAGGCCAACAAGGUCUACCCGUUGGCUCCAGUCAGCAAAAACGAGACGGUCACCACUGAGCUGAAGGAUACCUUUGUCGAUAUGCUAGCUCAGCUUGGACAGCUUCCCGAGGACUUCGACGAACGGCUCUUGUUCACCUGCGGCGACGGUCUCACUUACGACAAAACACUUCAGCUGCAGAAGUACUUACAGGACCAUGACACGCCCUUCGAGAAACUCGAGAUUCUUCAACCUCUGCUGGCACUGUGGCAUACUUUGUGGACAGACCUCAGCCGGCUCGUCGAACACCACUGGGGAGACAAGAACAACAACGAUCCGUCAACGCUUGGUCAUAACGCUGCCAAAAUUGGAAGACCUACCCCUUCCGAUCUCAAGAAGGUUGACUUCUAUCCCGGUAUGAACCUUGUUACCACCGUACUGAAGGCUCGGACACUCGACUGCUGGGGCCACAUACUUGGCAUUGGUAAUCAAGAUCUGUUUCGUCAUUUCGAAGAGCUCGAGAAGAAGGACGAGUUGCCUACCUUUGAAGACUUGGAGGCAUUGGCUCAAAAGCUCCAUCACACUUACUCAUCCACCCGAGGACUUCAACGUGCUUGUCGCGACGUGAAUGCGAACCAGGAAUGGGCAAACACCGUACCCGAGGGCUCUCCGGUGCAGCAGCCAGCGGAUAGCAAGUCGGACUUCGCAGGUGAUAUGGCUCUCGCACGUUCGAUCGCAUUUAUUCGGGACGCCCUUGUAUGUUACGAGGCGUCAUAUGCUGCUGCUGAAGGUGACGUCGGGCGCGUUUAUGAAAUGCUGAAGUUGAUGCUCUUCACGUUUGCGGGAUCUAGCCACUCAAAAUAUGUCAACUAUCUGCUCGAAAGCAUAGUGUCAGCGGAACUCGAAUCAUCGCCUGAACUUCACGAUGCAAUGCUUACCGCCAUGCUAGUUAACUUGACGGGGCAGCCAGGGCAUUUCAUGGGGCUCGACUUCAUGCAGGAGUACUUCAAUCGGCUCCUGCAAACAGUUGUUCAGCGCAAGGGUCAGGAAUACGGUGAUACAUUCGUACGUGACGUUGUCUCUCGGAACCUGUACCACUUCUCUCGGCUUAAAGCCGAGUUCGCCACUACAGUCGCACUUUACCUUGGUGUUCACCGGUCGUAG